AACAAUGCCAGGUUACCCAGUACCAGAGGUAGACAAAGAGAUAUUUCAAGAACUCCUCUGUGAGUACUGUAUCACAGUGGUAAGAGAUGCCUGGAGAGCAGAAUGUGGGCACUUCUACUGCAGGUCAUGUGUGGAGUUUCUUUUCAGGGGAAAUCAAGGAGCAGUAGCUUACUGCAGAAAGUGCAGAACACCUCUCUUCCUUUAUCAGUUCUUGCCAGAUGACAUAAUCAGCAGUAAAGUUGAGAGUACCAUAAUUCAUUGUUUAUUCUUGGAGGCAGGAUGUAAAUGGGAAGGAGAGUUGAAAGAAUCUGAGUGUCAUGUAGGAAGCUGCAGUUUGGCCAGCAUUCAAAGAGGAGAGCAAAAGGAGUGUGAGGGCGAUAUCACGCUUUCUACUGGAACAGAUGACGAAAGAGAAUUCUUACUUACUGAUAAUGUUGUUGAGAAUCAAAUUGGAACUGAAACGGAUGAAGAUCCAAUUGACGAGGAUUCGCACACCCAACGUCCCAUGCCUGCCCACCGCCAAGAAGCACAGGAUGGCGAAAACCCACAGAACAGUUCUCCAACCCGAGAAACAGCUGCCUGUCCUGAGUUUGGGAUAAAUGCUGAUUCUUCCGAGCUCGUUGUUAGGGAUGGUGCUCGUAGAUCAGAGACAAGACGAUCCUGCCAUGAAGAAGGCAGCGCCAUUGUUAGAAAGAACCAUUCUCCAACCAGGGAAAGAGUUGACUGUCAUAAGGGAGGGAUGAAUGUGUGUCGAGCUGACCGUCACGGGCACUUUGAAGAAAAUCGUGCCCGUAGACUUAAGACAAAACGAUCUUGCAAUGAACAAGGGAGUACCAAUGUUACGGAGAAAGGGCAUAUCAACGCCAAUCUUCCUCGUCAGGUCAACUUCUUGUUGUCUGGUAAUAUAGCGGGACAAAAUAGGAACUCAGCCGAAAAUUGCUUGGAGUUUAAAGAGGAGUUGAACCCCUCCCUAAACGAUACCAUGGCGAGAAACACCGCAUCCUCGCGAAACUCGGUUCCAAAUGCUUCUAAUCAUCAUGAGCAAAGAUUGAUCAACCUUGAAAAUCAAGUUGCUCACCUGACUCGCUGUUUUUUGAAACAAAACCAGGUUACAAACCACAUCGCUUAUGUUAAUUCUCACCUGGUGUCAGAAAACGAUCGGUUAAAAGAUGCGGUCCGCGACGUCAACAACAGAUUGCACCGUAUUCAAGUCUCUCUUAAUGGUCAUCGAAUGAAGCACGAUGAUCAUCAAGCAAAUUUUACCACCCUGCAAAAUGAGCAAAGGAACCAAAGCGCGGAACUUGCGAGGCUCAUCAGGGAUACGGCGGAUGCCCAGGAAAGGAUCAGACGACUUGAGGGUCAUGUGAACGCACAAGGAACGAUGUUGGGAAAUAUAUCAGAUUCUGUUAGAGACCUGGCUACUUUAACCAGAAGGGUGGACAUUGAAAAUUUAUGA